UUUGGGAUUUUGAAGAAAAAAAUUAAGAGAGAAAAAUUAGAGAACUGAUACGAUUGGGGAAUGGCGAUGGAGAUGGAGGAGCGAGGAAAAGUUGGGACUUUGAUAGAAAAAGCUACAAACUCGACGGCUUCCGAGGUUGAUCCACGCUUCCUCAAAGCAAUCAAAUCGGUGGUCCGUUCAUCCGAUAAGGAACUCCGACUGGCGGCCCAUACCCUCAUGGACCUCAUGAAGCGCGAUCAUUCCCAGGUUCGUUAUCUCACGCUUCUUAUAAUCGAUGAGCUUUUCAUGCGGUCUAAGCUUUUCAGAACCCUUGUGGUUGAGAAGUUAGAUCAGUUGUUGGCCUUAAGUGUUGGGUUUAGAAGAAAUAUGCCACUCCCAGCUCCUUCAGCAAUUGCUUCCACUUUGCGUUCUAAGGCAAUUGAGUUCUUGGAGAAGUGGAAUGCAUCUUUUGGGAUUCAUUACAGGCAGCUUAGAUUAGGUUUUGAUUAUCUUAAGAAUACUCUCAGGUUUCAAUUUCCUAAUCUUCAGGAGACCGAGGCCAGAAUAGAACGAGAGAGAAGGGAAAGGGAGAGAAGGACUCGGGAGAUUUUACAGAACAAGUUUGAAACACUGAAGACGAAUUUUAGUUCUGUUAAGGAAGAAAUACGGGCUACGGUUGAUGAGAUUAGACAAUGUUUAGAUAUUGUUCGUACUAAAGAGGAAUGUGUGCCUCCCAUCCUAUUGGAUGAUGAAGAUUUUGUAGAGUUUCGUUCUGCUGAAUUGAGGCAGAUCCGCCUUGACUCAUUGAAGGAAGGAGAAAAAGUACAUGAGAACAAUGAUAACAAAGUGGUUUUCGAUGCAUUAAGAGAGCUGUAUAAGCUUUUAGUGACUAAGCAUCUGGUUUCAGUACAAGAAAGCAUUUCUAUUCUCAUAAGGGUUGAAGUGGCUGACAACAGGUCACGAGAUUCCAUGCUAAAGGAGUUGAUUGAUAUACGGAACAGUCUUAUGUCUGUGAAGAAGGAUUGUGAAGAAUCUGGUUGUGCUUUACCCAAAACUGCAAAAAAUAAAGAAGAGGAGGAGGAAGAUUUCUGGGAGGAAGGUGACUUUGGAUCAACCAACAAUGGAGCUACUACUGAACCUGAGAAGCGUAAGGAGGUAGAAAGUUCUAAUGCAGAUGAGAAAAGUAGAUCUGUUGAGGAUAGGAAUUCCAAGAAAUCCAAUAAUCGAAGCGAAAAUCUUGCUAAACUUCCAGCUUCAAGCAAGGUGAAAGCCAAAGAUAAAGAACGCGGUAACUUGAGUUCUAAGGGCAAAGAGAUUCUGGGACCUGAAAAUUCUGUCUGGAGUGACCUUUUGGCCGAAGCUCCAGUUCUCAAUUGGGGUUCUUUCUUGGAUAAUUGGGGCUCAGUCUCUAAUAGGGAUACAUUAGCAAAUCAGAAAGGCUUGGAGCUUGACAAUCACUGGGGAAGAGUAGAUUAUGAUGCUGUGAUUCCAGCUGAGAAAAUUGCUGAAUUGAAUCUUCAGGCUACUAUUUACCUGGAAAAGUUGGGAGAAAUCCAACCGUGCCGUGCACCUUUGAAUAAAGGUGGACUUUGUCAGAGAAGAGAUUUGAAGAUUUGUCCAUUUCAUGGGCCCAUUAUAUCUCGAGAUGAUGCAGGAAACCCAAUCAAUCAGAAUUCUUCAACAGAUAAUACAGAUCCUGAUUUAGGCUCUGGUUUAGCAGAGCAGUUGGCAAAAAAAGCUGUGAAUAAUGUUAGGGAGCGAGAUAAAGAGGAAGCAAGGAAGAGAAAACUUGCAAAACAGUCAUUAAAGCGGGAAAAGCUUGCUAAAGUUCGGGAACACAAUGAAGUUGUUCUUCGUGACGCUGCAAUGGCUUCAACAUCAAUAUCAGCAGCUUUUGGAGAAGACAUGGAGGAGACUAUUGGAGAGAGGUCAGUGGGGAGAAGAAACAAACAAACUCUGGCAUCCAUGCUGCGGAAGAAAGUUACGACAAAAGAUAGGUUAGCUCAGAGGCUUCUAAACACCAGGGCAAUAGAUGCAACAAUAAGACAGAUGACCCAGGGUGAGGAUGCAACUUAUAAAGAAGCCUUUCCCAAUCAAUGGUAGAUGGUUUCCUAUUGAGUAUGCAGGCAUUUCUUGAAGGGCCAUGCCGAUAAAUCCUUGGGCAAGUACUGGUCAAACAAUUUCAAUGGUGUUCGUGCGAAUAUAUAAAGCACAAACUGAUUGAAUAUUCAUUGCAUUAAUGAAGCUAUUUCAAUCAAAUUCCUCUUCGAGCUUGAGGAAUCUAGUUGUACCAUUGUGAAUCAGGUAUGAUGAAACAUUUAAGCAAAGAGUCAUUGUAUUGUCAGUUUUGUGACAUUCACGUGUUUUACUCAGUUUUUGAGGAUUUCAUUUUACAUAUUCUUGGAAAUAAAUAAAGAGCUAGAAUGUUAGGCCAGUGUUUUAUACAAUAAAGGAGAUUUUCUCUCA